AUGUACAGUUCUGAUGAAGAAGAGCUCGAGUGUCCUCUCUGUAUGGAGGAAUUAGAUAUUGCUGAUAGAAACUUUAGACCUUGCCCAUGCGGCUAUAAGAUUUGUAGAUUCUGCUGGCAUCACAUUAGAGAAAACCUUAAUGGAAGAUGCCCUGCAUGUCGAAGAGAAUAUUCAGAGCAAAUUGCAGAAUUUGAGCCCAUUAGCGCUGAUGAAAUUCAACGAAUUAGAAGAGAAAAGAAAGAAAAAGAACGUCAACAAAAGGAUAUGGAAGUUGCCAAUCGUCGACAUUUGGCUAAUAUGAGGGUUGUCCAAAAGAACCUUGUCUAUAUUAUUGGUCUUCAUCCCAAAUUAGCCACAGAAGAGAUAAUAAGAUCGAACGACUAUUUUGGACAGUUUGGCAAAAUCGCAAAGAUUGUAAUCAACAAGAGACAGAUUGCACCUACUUCACACGCCAACGGAGCAACUUCUAUGCAGCCAAGUGCUGCAGUUUAUGUUACUUAUGUUAGAAAAGAGGAUGCGGCCAAAGCUAUUCACGCGGUAGAUGGCAGUGUCAUGGCUGGUAGAAUCUUGCGAGCAUCUUAUGGUACAACUAAAUAUUGCACUUAUUAUCUACGUAACAUGACUUGUCCAAACCCAAACUGUUUAUACUUGCAUGAGCCUGGAGAAGACGCAGAUACGAUAUCAAAAGAAGAAUUAGCCACUGGGUAA